GUGGAUCAGUCCUGCCCACUCGUGGGUGGGACCUAACGGAGAGCAGAGAGCUGGCUCUGUUUGCACACUGUCAUUGUUCAGCCCCGCUGGUAAACGCAGCAUUCAGACGUGGAAAGACUUUAAAACUCCCUCUGAAAUAAUAAAGGAUGUCUCGAGAGCAACAGGCAGUGGCUCGGGCCAGGAAAGCCUUUGAAACAGGACGGUCCAGAUCUCUGGAGUACCGGAUCCUCCAGCUGAAGAACCUGCAGCGCUUAUUUGAAGAAAAGCAGAAAGAGAUAGCAGAAGCUUGCAAGAAAGAUCUCAAUAAAAGUGAAGUGGGGAUGCAGAUGUAUGAGACUCUGGGUCUGGAGGGGGAAAUCAGCCUGGCCGUACGGAAGCUGAAGGAAUGGGCUGCUCCACGUCCUGUAGAGAAGAAUCUGCUGACACUCUCUGACACGGUGUACAUCCAACCCGAGCCACUAGGGGUGGUGCUGAUUAUCGGGGCCUGGAACUACCCAUGGGCGGUCACCAUCCAGCCGCUUAUUGGAGCUAUCGCAGCAGGCAACGCAGCUGUGGUGAAGCCCUCAGAAGUCUGCGUACACACUUCAAAAGUCAUGGAGGAACUCUUGCCUAUUUAUAUCGAUAAGGAGCUUUACCCCGUCGUUACUGGAGGGGUUCCAGAGACCCAGGAGCUGCUGCGCCAACGAUUCGAUCACAUCUUCUACACCGGCAACGGUACGGUUGGCAAAGUGAUCAUGGAGGCCGCAGCCAAACACCUGACCCCUGUCACCCUGGAGCUGGGCGGCAAGAGCCCCUGCUACAUCGACAGGAACUGUGACAUUACCACAGCCUGCAGACGGAUCACCUGGGGAAAGUACACAAACUGCGGUCAGACCUGCAUCGCCCCAGACUACAUCCUCUGCGAGCCAAGCAUCCAGGACCGGGUCAUUGAGGAAAUCAAGAAAUCCAUCAAGGAUUUUUACACAGACGACCCAAAGACAUGCCCUGACUACGGACGCAUCAUCAACCAGCGGCACUUUAAAAGGAUUAUGGCCAUGAUGGAGGGCAGCACGGUGGCAGCAGGAGGAGACAGCAACGAGUCAGACUGCUUUAUUGCUCCCACUAUACUACGGGAUGUGAAGCCUGAGGCCAAGGUGAUGCAGGAAGAGAUAUUUGGACCUCUGCUUCCCAUCCUUCCUGUCAGUGGUUUGGAUGAGGCCAUCAAGUUGAUCAAUAAGGGAGAAAAACCUCUGGCACUGUAUGUCUUCUCUCCAGAUGACAAGGUGAUCAACAGAAUGAGAGACGAGACGUCCAGCGGAGGAUUCCUGGCCAACGAUUGUCUGGUUCAUUUUUCUGUCAGCUCGCUGCCAUUUGGAGGAGUGGGAAACAGCGGCAUGGGCUGCUACCACGGCAAGUAUACUUUCGACCAGCUGAGCCACCUGCGUGGGUGUCUCAUUAAGAAGCUGAAGAUGGAGGGAGUGAACGACAUGCGCUACCCACCGCACACACCCAAGAAACUGGGCUGGGCCCGCUUCUUCAUCACAAAGACCUUUGACCUCGGCUGGCUGGGGAAGAUGUUGCUCCUGGCCCUGCUGGCUGUGGUGGCGGCUGUUGCCAUUCAGAGAUAUCUCCGCUGAGGACAUCCUUCCCUCUGCCAGAGGCUCACGUCUAGUUUACGGCCGUCUUCCUUUCCUGCUUUAGAAGGAAAAAAUAUCAGAGUUAAUAUAGACAAAUUAUAGUAAGUCAAGCCUUUUUCAGUAACAUGAUGGCCGUUCUCUGGCUGUUGCCUUAAGUCCGUUUUCCAGGUUUCCAUCCGUUUCUCCAGUGAUGGAGCUUCAGUGUUGGAGGAAACUGGUCUGGUUUAUUCUCUUGUAUCCAUGUUUCUUUUUUUCACUAAUUUUUGUAACCUAUUGGAAGUUUGCACUUUGAAGGAUGUAAAAUGAAGACAGAUAUGAUGAAGUAACUGAACAGGCUCAUGGUAGCUUAAAAAA